AUGGCGUCGCUAGACCUGAGCCCCGAGGAGCUCAAGGCCGUCGAGCAGACGCGACAGCGCCUCUCGCAGAUCUCCGAGAGCAUUGCGAGCGUCAAGGCCGGCAUCUUUGCGAGUAAUCCUCUGCCUCAACUAAGCUCGCUGCAGGCCUCGGCCGACAUCCUGCAACACAACUUACGCAUGCUCCUCGAAAUUAACUCGCAGCAUAACGAGCUGUUCAGCCGCAUCGCUGUGCACCCCUCGACCAAUUUCCCCGGCCGCACCCAGGAGAGCAUCCUGCUCCAGCUCCUACGCAAGAAGCCCGAACCCGACAUUGCGACCGCCAUGGACGAGGGCCGUCGGGUGGUCGCGGGGCUCACCAGCCCGGCCCACGUCGCGGGAGAAGCCGCAUCCUCAGAAGACGCGGCGAAGGAGCUGGAGGAUAAAUGGACUGCGGCAAAUAGCUUCCUGCAAAAGCGUCUCUACGACUACCUCACAAAGGAGGACAACGACCCGUACACGAAAGAGGAGCGCGAGCUGGGCAUCGAGAACGUGCGCGCCGGCUUGCGGAGACCGCUCGAGGAGGACGAAGAGGACGAAGACGAAGACGAGGAUGAGGAGAAGGACGACGAUAUCAUGGAGAUCGACCGACCGCCUCCGCCGCCGGCGCCAGCCGUGGUAACGCAAGAGGUUGAGGGUGCUACGGUUGAGAAUAUUAUGCGGUUUGCGUCGAGGGGAGAGUUUGUUGCUGGUUGA